AUGAAGCGUGGAGUAGUACUGAUUAUUUAUCUGUGCAGCCUUAUUUCUGGUGGGAUCUGCAAAACAAAAGGCCCAAACCGAAAGAAGUGUGCAAAAAUAGCGAGCAGAAAAGAAAAAGAGUACGAGAGCGCUCUCCAUCUCAGAAAUGUAUACAGAGAAAAAGCUGAUAUUCUGAUCAGUAAACUGGAAAAUGAAAAUGCAUACGAAACUCACCAUCACCAUCAGCAGCUGAAAAACAACAUCGAGAAACAAAAAGAGAGGGCAAACGAAAGCUUGCAUAGGAUGAAGAAUGCAAUAUACGAUCUCAACAGAAAGCUAUAUGAGGAUGCUAAAAAUGGUACAGAAAAAACAAAAGAAAAAUGUGUGGAGCAUUUGGAUGCUCUAUCCUCUGAGGUGGCUAAGAGUAUAAACGCCCUAAGAAUCAGCUGCAUAAAUAUUAUGGUGCAGAACUUCUACACCCACAGCACAGCUACUAGCAUGCGCAUUGUUUCAAUGGCGAGGCUGGGCUGCACUGCUGCAGAAAAUCUUAUGUACUGUUUUGUAAUGGUCGGUGAAAAAGUUUUAUCUGCUGAUUUAGAAAGGAAACUGCUGAGUUAUUGUGGCGGCUCUGGAACAAAAGAUGCGUACAAGCUAUUUAUCAAGUCACUGUUGGCUGAUGUGAAAUCUACAGAUGUAAAGAAGAUUGUGCCUUUGGAAUAUCUUGAUAGUAACUACCACAUUCUGCUUUUGGACAUAUUUAAUUCUAGGGCUCUCGGAAAAAGAGAGCUAGAAACAAUCAUCAGUGACUUUAUGAAUAUGGCCGCAGGAAUUUCAGUUGACAGACCAACCUUGACUGUUUCUGGGCUAAUUGAUGCCAUUGCCAUGUUCACUGUUCUUGAUCCGUACUUUUACUACUACGACAGUAAAAAGCAUUUUAUGAACGGAAUAGUAAACACAGUUGAGUACAUGCUUAACGCAGAAGAAGAGUCUACUAGAAUAAAAAAUACAGAAGACCUCUCAAACUUGGUGAGAAGUAUGGCAUCAAAAGCCAGAAGAGCCAGAGAUGAAGAGUGCAAACCAUUGAACUUAAACAUAAGUGAGGAUGUUUACAACAGGAUUAUUUCGUAUCUGCACAGCGAAACAAUAACCGAUGUCUAUGCAAAUGAAGAGGUGAAUGUUCUCACUGCUAUGCAUCCUGUGUACGACAUGCUAAAACAGGUGAAUUUCUCCAUUGAUUCAGCAGGACCAGCGGUGAGCAGAAAAGAAAAAAUUAUUCUUACAGUCGACAAAAUAAAAGAUGAAACAGCAAGCACUAUAGACAUGUCUGACAUACAGUGCAUUGAAAAUGCGAAGAACAUCACGGUAAAAUGCUCCAGCAGAAUAAAUAAGAGAAUGGCUGAUAGGUUUAGUAAUCUGGCCCAUAUGAGCAUCACUCCGUCUCCUUUAGUAGAGGUUAUCCGAGAAUAG